AUGUCCAGAGACGUAGAAGAGCAGCUUCUCAAGCGCAAAGUCCGAAACCGGAAGCAGGGCGAGAUCGUGUAUCCUCUGGAAUAUUCGUUUGACCUGGUCAACUUCGACAUUUGGUACCAUAUGUUUCUUGUCGGGUGCCGUGGAAGCUUAACUAUGCACCAAUUCGACACUCCGCCGGAAUAUGUCUUGGAUUUGGGUUGUGGAGGUGGCCAUUGGGUCAUGGAAGCCGCCAAGCAGUGGCCCAACAGCAAAAUUACUGGCUUUGAUAUGUUUCACCUGUACCCGGACGCUCGCAAAAUUCGUAAAGAAUUUGAGAAACGCGUUUUCUGGCAGCAAGGAGAUUUUCUAGAAGGCCUUCCCUUCCCUCCGCAACUCUUUGAUUAUGUCCGCAUUGUUGGCAUUGGCCUUGGUGUACCAGAAGACGAGUGGCAACAUCUCUUGGAGGAAGUUUAUCGUGUCAUGAAGCCUGGUGCAGUAGUCGAGAUUGUAGAAGAAGAUCUCAUAUUUCCUUGCUCAACUUUUCGUCCUCGACAACCGUCGCAUCUGUCACAAGCUUCUUCCUUUCUUUCAGUGGCCUCAUGCUCAAGCUCGACAACUCUAUGCCCUGAAUCACCUGAAGAGCGGUGGCGGACCAUCUCAAGUGGGACAGCUAACAAAAUUUACAAGGCUUUGAAACUUGAUGAUCCGAAAAGAAAGUCCAUGGCUGUCGAUCAACUAUCCUCCAACAUCACCCUUAUUUCUAGUGCCGACUGCACGACAUCCAGGGAGCUUAAGCAUCCACAAGAUCAUACACUCUUGAAAGCGGCGUGGGAAGCCAUGCUUUCCCGUCGAUUUAUUCCGUCAAAGCUUCUCUCUGUUCUCCCAUUUUACAUCUCGAGCUCCUCUUUUGUCAACGUACAGACGUUUCCGCUCUUCCAAGUACCCCUUCCUCCGAAUAGCGGGACCGCUCCCCAAUUGAAACCACGACCCUCCCAUGACUCAUUCAUGCCUCUACGACGAGCAAACUCCAACAAUCCCUUCGACUUGAAGCCAUCCCCAUCAUCAAGGUCGAUGAAGGCAGAUGGAUUCUGUGUUCGUUCGACCCAGCUCGAUGCCCAACCUAGCACAUCACUUAGGGCACCUAUGCAUCUAGCCAAGACAUUCCACACCGUAAAAGCCUGUGAAGACGCCAUUUGGGAAGAAUAUGAGACAAUGUACCAUGACGAUCCAUCAUUACUUACAAAGCGAUACCUUUCCAGUCAGGAUGCUUCAACUGAUCCCUCCCCUCGCGCUUUCUUUGACGCGGACUGGCUCGAUUGGGAAAACGACAUGACGGACCGUAUUAGCAUGCGAAACCAUCUUGUCGGUAUCUCGUGGCCCGAAACCCCUGGGGACCGGCCAGACUGGCGACAUUGGAGAUCUAACUUGGAAAAUAACAAGUCUUCUCUAAACGGUCCUUCAGUAGAACCCACCGAUUCUGAAGAUCUAUGCAGAUCGAUUCGCGCUUUUGUGGCUUGGAAACCCAAGUCAUGA